ACCUCGGCAAGGGCAGUGACAAUCACCAUGAAGGAAGGAACUGCAAAGGAUGAGCUACCACACCAGGGAAAAGUGGCCGGGUACCCCGUUCUAAUAUCUGUCCCAGGCCGACCUCCGAUGUGCCUCCGCUGCAGCAAGCUGGGGCAUAUGCGCAAACAAUGCCGGGCGCCUUGGUGCCGCCAUUGCCGAGGUUAUGGUCACCUGGAGUCUGAAUGUGUGCCCACCUACGCCGCCAAAACCAGGCGACAUGCGGACACGCUUCAAAACAGCGACCUUCUGGACGACGGUGAGGUGGGUGAAAGCGAACCUGCCGCCAACUCGAUGGAGGCGGUAACACCGGCCGAGGGGGGUAACGAGGAGGAGCCAGGACCCGAGGGAAAGGACAAGGUGACAGACGUUGCGUCCACCUCCAAGAACGCAACUUCGCUGCCGCAGGUUCCAGCAAAGGUAGACAACCCUAAAGCGUCGAGCACCGUGGAACAAGGGAAACGCGUAAGGGGCUCUAACGACUCCAACAACGAAAGCGCGUCGGAGAGGCAAGCAUCGCCGAGCGACAUGCCAGCGGACGCAGCCGCUCCGGUGCGGUCUUCUCAGACGAGCGAGGAGGAAGUCGCCAAGGGCACCACCAAGGUCACGCGCCACAAAUCGCGUACUAGAAAGAACGAGCAGGCGGCCAUCCCAGCUCUGCGCCCCCGGGAAGUGAAUGUGUCAUCCCUGGACUACCCGCCGCUGCACGGGAAGGAUUAGCCCCCUUCUCGGUCGCCACACUGCAGCACGCUUCAGACCAUCUGGUC